AUCGAAGGUUGCGUAGCUGCUACACAUUCGGUUGUCAUACAUACUAUUUGUAAUGGCAGAGAGCUCGUCCUGGAGUUUUGAUGAAGCUGAUUUGUCUGCGUGUUUCGAUGACACGAUGAACGGCAUCGGCGUAGGCGUUCGAUCAAUGUUUAAUAUGCGUGAUGCUCUAUCAGCUUUACCACUCUGUAAUGAUGAAAGUAAGCUUUCUGAUGAUUCGAACCAUGAAGGCUUAUCAAAUUUCUCUAUGUUGUCUAGUAAUUCGGCGCAGACUGUACAAACGGAUGGAGGAACGAUGCGAAGAUUAGAAAGCGAAGCUAAAUUGGCACGCGGUGGAGAUGGCUGUGCUAAUACUUUUAUUUCAAUGGCUGAUACAAACUCUCCUUUGUUCGAUAACGUUUUAAAAGCUCCAACAUCAUCGGCUACACGAUUAGGUGAAGCGUCUUUAACUUACUUAAAUCAAGGACAAACGUAUGAACUUAAAUUGAACUCGAAAACACCAGAGAUAAAAUUUAUCAAGACAUGGAUUCGAGUUACUUUCUAUGAUAAACGAAUGGAAUUAAAUGAACGCGAGCAUUGGGAUAACUGGCAUCAAACACACCCUGGUGAAAACCUCCUAGACGUAGAUUAUAAAAGAUCGAAUGAUUAUGAAGAAUUAGAUAAUGAAAAUACUCCAUCAGAUGAUAUAUUAUGUAUAUGGAAAUAUCCGAAAUGUACUAUUGGUUUACGAUUUAAUUGUGUCAGUACUGAAUUCACUGCUAAGAAACAUGGUGGUGAAAAAGGAAUUCCUUUUCGAUUUCGGGUAGAACAUUUUGAAUAUGAUACUAAUCAACAUUUGGGAUCAUUUGCUUGUCAAAUUAAAGUAUUUAAAAUGAAGGGAGCUGAUCGUAAGCAUAAAACAGAUCGAGAAAGAAUAGAGCGUAAAUCUGGUGAUGGUCAGGCUAUUUAUAAACCAUCAGUCCCCGUGACUAAAUUAUCAUAUUUACCUAGCAAGCAAGUUAAAUUAUUUCAUAAUCACCACCAUAACCAUGGUUAUUAUCAAUCGAUAACGGACAAACAGUCGGCGAUCGACGAUACUUUUACAGAGCAAUCGAUAAAAGUGACAAAUACACAAAUUCUUACCACUUCCGCUACAAUAGCCACGUCUGUUUGCAAUAAUUCAUGCCAACAAUUUAAAGUAGACAUGAGUAGUUUGGAUUUACAGAAUUUAGCACGAGUGGAGAAAGCGGUGAUAAAGGAUAAUUUUACAUUGGAGGAUUUAAAUGAUACAAGUAACAGUUUUGCAAUACCUAACCCAAUCGAAUCACCUAGUGCUUCCAAUCGGUCAUUUUCGGAAUUUGUUAUACCUACUUACCCAAUUCAUCGUUCAGCAUAUUCAGCGUUAAGAAAUGUAUCCCCGGGUAUAUCACCUUCUCCAUCUUCUAAUAGGCGUUUUAAUUAUACUAUACAGCCAUGUCUUCAACGACGUAGACGUCUUCGAGCAGGAGACUGUUGUGCUGGGACUUGUUCAUCGUGUGGACGCAGUUGUCGAAGUGCUUCCCGAUGGAUACGAAGUAAUAAAAAUAGGAUGGUGUACACAAACUGGGACAAUUCAACAAAUCGUGCCAAACAAGCCUCACUGAUUUCAGAGAGAAGGCGAGCUGCACAUAGUUAUGAAAACGGUUCCCACUUGACUGAAUUCCCAAAGUCCAAAUCGAUUCAAAUGAAUAUUCCUUCGCACCAGUCAAAUUCCAUAAAUAAUAACCAUCAUUCAGGAGUAUAUGAGUUGAGUACAUCAGGUGAAUCUUCUAGUCUAGGAAAUAAUGAUAAAUUAAAUAAAUAUACUAUAUUAGAUAAAUAUGAUGAUCAGAAAUCCAAACCAUCAUCUAUCCUCCUACCUGAUUAUCCUCUUAAUUCAGUAGUAAUAGCACAAUCGGAUGAAGAUCCUUUAUUAAGCAUGUCCAGUGCAACUCCAGCAAGUCGUGAUAUGGGUUAUUGUAGUGAUCUGUUAGUAUCGUCACCUUCCAGACCUACUGUCGAAGACAGAGUCAUAGAACAAAUUGAAUAUUGUACAGAGAACAAUAUUAAUAAUAAUAAUGUUCAUCAUAAUAAUGAUGACGAUUAUGCAGAGUUGUUGAAAUUUGAAGAUUUAUGUAUGGAUAAAUUAAACUCUGUAGUUCACCAAGCUACAUCAUGUGAUUCAAUAGUUUCUUUGUCAAAUAAACCGGAAAUUGAAAUUCCUUCUUUAUCAUCAUCAUCAUUGUCGUCAACAUCAUCAUCAACAUCUGUCUGUCCAUCGUCUAUAAAUACUUCCGUUGCUACUGUUAAACCCACUACUAUUACUACCUCAAAUAUAUCAUCUGUAGUACAUUGUGAAAUGACGGCAUCACAAGUUGCAGAUUGGCUUUGUCAAUCAAAUUUUAAAAAUCUUCUUGAAACGUUUAAGAAUUUCACAGGAUCCCGCAUGCAUGAUUCGAACCCAGAACUUUCCAUCUCGCGCUCAAACACCUAACCUCUAGACCACUGAGGCGGAACUGCUGAGGAGUCUCAUACUAGAACGGAACGGACGUCCAGUGCUUCCAGGUUUUCAACGGUGAUAUAACCUAGAUCGACUCAUGAAUUCAACUAUUAAAAUUACUACAAUCUCCACAAACCCCAUUCUGAUAAUAAAAUAUCAAUUGAAAUUAAUACGGAUUAAUCGUUCUGAGAUAAAUCUGGAGUAUAUUUCCACUUGAUAGACGGUUGGAAACCUUAAACCUAGAUUUAAUUCUCUGGGCAUUUUGCGACUUCAUCGAUAGAAUUCUCAGUCAGCACUAAAGGAUUGGACAAAUAUGAUCAAUUAUUUAUAAAUAUUUCUAGUAAUUUCAGUAAUUACUUGAAUGCUUCAAGAUAAACUUGUAUAGAAGUCAUGCAAUUUCAACUAUGUAAUCAGUAUAUGAUAUCCAAACUUUUCGUAAAUGUUUCCUUUCCGUUUUUUCUCUCUUUAAUUUGAGACAUCCGAUUUUUUUUUCAAUUUUGUGUUUUCUUCCCCUAUGAGUUUACUUCCAGUUCCGUUGUUGUUACAUAUUAACUUAUUUAGAUUUCUCUUUUCAAUUAUCUUAUUAGGUUGUGAUAUACUUCGUCUAGCUAAAGAAGAUUUAUUGUCUAUUUGUGGAUCAUUAGAAGGUUUACGAUUAUAUAACUCACUUUAUAACAAGUAAUUCUUUUACAUGAUAAAACAGUUUUAAUCGAUUAUUGAUUGAAGAAGUUGGAAAUAUAACUCAUAACCUCCUAACUCAGUAGUUUAAUAACUAAUUGCUCUAUGCAAGAUUAUAGAUUCGAUCCCUAAAAGUGUCAUCAAUUCAUACUUCGUAGUAGUACCAUGCUUGUACACAAUUAUAUCUUGAUUGAGGUCAAUCUAUGGUGAAGACCAUCUGCACAUCGAUUAUUGCUUCAGGGUGAUUUCGUGGGUAUUAGUUUAGUUUGUAAAUUGUUUUCAUCUUAAAUUAAGAUCAGCUAAGAAGCGCAGGGUGUAUUUGAUAUGUGUUUCGUCCUAGUUCUGUAACUCGUCAAUAGUCCUCAUCCGACAUUUUGCAUAGGCUACUUCAUGUUAUGUUUCUUCAUUAUAUUAUGGCCAUAUUCUGGUUAGAAGAGAACAGCAAAAAACAAAUAUGUGAUCGAAUUCUAAUCAGCACCCUCUAUGUUUUGAAGUUCUUCUGUGGCCUAGAUUCCCUUUCAAUUUUCAAUCGUUGUUCCGUACAUAAAAAAUUGACCGGAUUGGUAGAAACAUUUCAGAAUGCAGAUUUAGGUGACGUGGGUUCAAACUCACUUGGGAAUAUUAGUUCCCUAGAGAUUUCAUCUAGUCCUUGUCAGCAGGUGCCAACUAGCACGAAACCUAGGUUAAACAGGGUUUCUUGGCGACCACGUCCAAUCACCUAACUUCUCAACAUAGUCCAGAUGAUGUCGAAACACUUAGACUAAUAACCACAGUGAAAAUUAACCGAUAAAAUUCGAUUAACGGCACUAAAAUACUAGAUAAACAUGAUAUUAAUCAACAUUCAAUGAUCAGUCAAUUAUAAAAAACUUUUCAGUUGACCAAUCUAUCUCAAUUAAGCUAAUUGUUAAAUGAAGAAAGCGUAACCAUCCAUAGUGAGUUGAUGAAGAUUUGUAGUUCGUUAUGUGGAUGUUGACUAGGUAAAGUUAAGUUCUCUGAGCUGAAUAGUUUAGUUGCGAAGCUUUUUAUCGUGUUGGACAACAUCAUUAGCACGCAUUUCAAUUGUUGUACAAAUGCCUCGUCCAAUCUGUUCUGAUGAUCUUGCUUCCAACUAGUUCACGAAUUUUUUUGUCUUUUAUAUAACUGUUCGUUCCAGUGUUGGCUGCUUUGUUCAAAUUGCAAAAAUGAUAGGUCAGCAUUCUAGCAAUUUAUUUAGAUCUUAUUAUGAUAUAUGCAACGUUGAGCUCAUGACGUGGUUACCACGUUUAUGAUAUCAACUUUUACUUAUGUAACUCGAUAUGAUGGUCCGUUUAACGUGAUUCCUAUCGACCUUGUUCACUUGUAACCGCCUAAUAACUACAAGUUACAGUAAUGACGUUUUAAUAUUUUCAUUUUAUUGUAUUUAUUUUGGAUCGGAAACUGUUUAAGUAGUAUGCUGAAUAUAGAUGUUUUAUUGUGAUGUUUCUCAACAAUUAUUAGUCACACGUUUUUCGGGUAUUAUUUAUUCUGUUUUCUUUUUUCAAAAGACCCGCAGUGCCAAGAUGUACACUAUACGUAUGCUUGAAAGGAGAAACAAUCUAUCAUGCUAUUAUGCUCUAUGAAAUGAAGGUUCAUGAAUUACGUAGUCGAAUGGCUUUUAUAUUAUCUUGUCGUCAAGAAUGCAUCAAAAUUAUAUGUCUUGUCACAGAAAAUGAUAUUCCUGUCCUAUUAACUGAUGAGCUCAUUCUUCAAUUGAAAGAUAAAAGUACACAUCAAAUUACAUUGAAUAAAAUUUGUUGCAACAAAAUUAAUUUAUUUUUAAAACCUACAACACAACAAUAAAUGAAAAUUUAUUGAAUUGUACAGAUUUUUGUUUUGUCUUGAAUAUCAACAAUCUUCUUUUACUGUUGUUGUUAGUUUGUUUGUUUUGUGAUUCGAUUUUCUUUUUGUUUAAAAAGAUUAUGCAUUUCUUAUUUUACGUGCAUCUAUUAUACAUAGACUUCAUGAAUAUGAUGAAUUGUUCGUCUUCUUUUUUGUUUUGAUUUUUUAGAAACGGGAAAAUAAAUCUAUUUUAUUGAUUGUUUUAUUUCCAUUAUCAGAAUAAGGAUUUGUAGAGAUUGUAGUAAUUUCAAUGGUUGAAUUCAUAAGUGAAUCUGGAAGCAAUGGACGGUUAUUUCAUCCUAGCAUAGGACUACCCAAUAGUCUACAUCAAUGACCUUACACGCGGGAUUCGAGCAAGGAGUCCUCGGUCUCGUGCAAGAACGCUUAACCUUUAGACCACUAAACCGGCAUUUAUGUCUAACUUCAGUCGAUCCAUGAUCUUUCACAGCUAUUCUCCCAUUGUCUGAGAUAGAUAACUGUUUCGAUAAUGCAAUGAGAAGACGAAGUUUAUCAGAAUUAUGUGAUAUAUUUGCGCAAUACAUUUCGAAAAAUCUAAUCACAUAUAUACUUGUUAAGAACAUUUAUAUAUAAAAAUUAAAAGGUCACAGGAUAGACAGACAUCAUCCUCCAUUGAGAAACAUUUGAUUGAAACUGGUCAUAAGGUUGACAUUAAAUCAGCUUUUGUAGUGUUAUACAAAAGCCUUCAAGGUUUAUUGAAGCCUUGGCUAUACGAAAAUUGAAACCCCCUUUAUGUGUUCAAAAACAAUUUGUUCUUACACUUAACCUACCCUGGUAAUACUGAUUUAUUAUCCAGAGUGGUAAUCACAUUUGUUCUUGUGUACUUUAAUAAUUUUUCCUUCGUUAUGGCUUACCCUUAACCUGUCUAGUUGACCUUUUAAUUCUGAUAUAUAAAUGUUCUUAACAUGUAUAUAUCUGAUUGGAUUGUUCGAAAUGUAUUGCGCAAAUAUAUCACAUAAUUCUGAUAAACUUCGUCUUCUCAUUGCAUUAUCAAAAUUUAUCAAAGGGACUAAUUGUUUUAAAU